GCACUGUGGGUGCACUGUGGGUGCAGUGUGGGUGCCCUGGGUGCACUGUGGGUGCAGGGUGCAUGCAUGAGUGCAGGGUGGGUACAACACGGGUGCCCGGGGCGCGCUGUGGGUGCCCUGUGGGCGCCCGGGGUGCAGCGGGGGGGGGUGCCCACGAGCGCCCAUGGGUGCUGGCGGGCCCCGGCAGGUCGACGCCGGAGCUGCGGAAGGAGCGCUCGCGGGACGCGGCGCGGUGCCGGCGCAGCCGGGAGACCGAGGUCUUCUACCAGCUGGCGCACACCCUGCCCUUCGCCCGCGGCGUCAGCGCCCACCUCGACAAGGCCUCCAUCAUGCGCCUCACCAUCAGCUACCUGCGCGUCCACCGCCUCCUGGCUGCCGGCGCCUGGGCGGCAGCGGCCGAGGAGGUGGACGGGUGUUAUCUGAAGGCGCUGAGCGGUUUCGUGAUGGUGCUGAGCGAGGCGGGAGACAUGAUCUUCCUGUCCGAGAACGUCAACCGGCUGCUGGGGCUCAGCCAGCUGGAGCUGAUUGGCCACAGCGUCUUUGACUUUGUGCACCCCUGUGAUCACGAGGAGCUGCAGGAUGUGCUCAGCCCCCGGCAGGCGGUGCCGCGGCGGCGGGGGGAGCGCUCGGGGCGCAGCUUCUCCCUGCGGAUGAAGAGCACCCUGACGGGGCGCGGGCGCUGCCUCAACCUCAAGGCGGCCUCCUGGAAGGUGCUGCACUGCGCGGGGCACAUGCGGUCCUACGCGGGGGCCGGGGGGGGCGACCCCCCCCUGCGGUGCCUGGUGCUGAUCUGCGAGGCCAUCCCCCACCCCGGGGCCAUCGAGACCCCCCUGGGCUCGGGCACCGUCCUCACCCGCCACUCCAUGGACAUGAAGUUCACCUACUGCGAUGACAGGAUCGGGGAGGUGGCGGGGUACGCCCCCGAGGAGCUGCUCGGCUGCUCCCUCUACGAGUACGUCCACGCCCUCGACUCCGACACCCUCAGCAGGAGCGUGCACACCCUGCUGAGCAAGGGACAGGCGGUGACGAGCCAGUACCGGUUCCUGGCCAAGCGCGGGGGGUUCCUGUGGGCGCAGACCCAGGCCACCGUCAUCGCCAACAGCCGCAGCGCCCAGCCCGAGGGCAUCGUCUGCCUCCACUUCGUCCUCAGCCGCGUGGAGCAGCGAGGGGUGGUGCUGUCGCUGGAGCAGACCCAACGCCGGGGUGAGGGGCGCCGCCUGCCCCCCCCCGCCCCCGGCCCCGACACCCCCGACGCCAUCCUCAACCUCAGCCUCGGGGUGGGGGGCCCGCGGGUGCUGGCUUUCGUGCGCCCGGCCCACGUCCCCGAGGCAGCGCUGCAGCGGGACCCCCGGCGCUUCUGCUCCCCCGAACUUGCCCGCCUCCUCGCCCCCAUCUUCGACCCCCCCUCAGCGCCCCCCCGCCGUCGCCCCCGCAGCCCCUCCCCGCCCCCCGGGGACGAGCUGCUGUUCGAGGUGCAGAAGCUUUUUGCUGGGAGCCCGGGAGCCGGCACCGCCCUGCAGGCGUCCCCCCUGGACCUGGCCAUGCUGGCCCCGUACAUCCCCAUGGACGGCGACUUCCAGCUGGGCGGGGCCGAAGCGCCUCGGGGGCGUGGCCCGCGCCCGCCUGGCCCCGCCUCCGCAGCCGCGGCCACGCCCCCCCGCCCUCGCGCCCGCAGCUUCCCCGGCCGAGGCUCCGCCCCCUCCCGCCCAGGCCCCGCCCUCCCGCGCUGGGGCAGCGACCCCGCCCUCGGCCCCGCCCUGGCGCCCCGCCCUGGCAGGAAGAGGGCGCGGGAGCCGAGCGGGGAGGACGCGGGCGCCCCCCUGAAGCGCCCCGAGCUCGACCCCCACCUGCUGCCCCCCCUCGGCCUGGGGCUGCUGCUGAGUGGGGAGGACCCCGCGGGACUGAGCCCCCACCUGGGGCAGGAGCCACCCCUCGCUCUGUUGGCUGAUGGUCUGACCCUGCCGGGGGCCCCCCCUUCCCUGGGGCCCCCCCAGGAGGAGACUGAGGGGCGCCCCAGGGGGCCCCCCCAGGGCACACGUCUGGAGAGCAACUGAGGUGGGGGGGGGGGCCAACCCCCCCAAAACCAGCAGCGGCUCCAAACCACCAACACCCUCCCACCCCCCCAAAUUGAUGGGGACCCCAAAACUCAGCCCCCCCCAAAACCCACAGGAGGGGGGGUGUCUUGAAACACCCUGAUACCCAAUGGGGGGAUGCCCAAAAAUGAUCCCCCCCCCCCCCAACUCAUCCCAUAAAUGGGGGGGGGACCCAAGCUGGCACACAUUGGGGUCCCCCCAAAAAGCCAUCGCCCCUCCCACAGCCCCUGGGGUGCCCCCAGUGUGUGUUCCCCCCCCAAGCUGAGACCCCCCCACGCUCCCCCCCCAUUUACCCCCCCCCUUGAUCCCCCUCCUCUAAGCCCUUAAUCCUUGGGGGGGGCUUUGACCCCCUGGCAUGGGGGACCCCCCACUCCGAACACCCCCACAUGGGGACCCAUCUGGACACCCCCCUCCCCACCUCUGGGGGUAGGCCCCCCCCAAUUUAGGACACCCCCCCCCCAAUCGUCCCCCAGAGGAAACCCCCACACACACACACUUUUAGGGGCCCUCAGGGCUCCCCCCCCAACCACGAGGCCCCCCCCAAAAUCCUCCCAUGGGGCCUCCCAGCCCCUCCCCCCCCCCCCCAGUCCUACCUCGGCCCGGGCCCCCCUGGGGGGGCUCGGGGGGGGAAAACCCCCCCACUUGGUGCUGGGCUGAAAAUGCCCCUUUGGGGGGGGCCCAGGGACCCCCCCCCCCCCCCCCCCCCCAAAAUCUGGGACCACCGGGGCAGCGCCCCCCCCGCCCCCCCCCGGGGACCCCCUUUUAUACCGCUCCGUCCUGCGCAGCCCCAGGGCUCCAGAGACGCUCUCGUGCGAGAGCCUCGUGCAAGAGCCGGCCUCGUGCAAGGGCCUUGUGCAAGAGCCUCGUGCAAGAGCUGUCCUCGUGCAAGGGCCUCGUGCAAGAACCAUUCAUGUGCAUGAGCCUUGUGCAAGGACCUUGUGCAAGAGCCUCGUGUGAGAGCUGCUCUUGUGCAAGAGCCUUGUGCAAAAGCCUCCCUUGUGCAUGAGCCUCGUGCAAAAGCCUCACACAAGAGCUGUCCUGUGAGAACCAUUCUUGUGCAAAACUGUCCCUGGCGCAAGAGCCUUGUGCAAGAGCCAUCCUCGUGCAAGGCCCUUGUGCGAGAGCCACCCUUGUGCAACAGCCUCAUGCAAGAGCCUCGUGCGAGGGCCUUACGCCAAAGCCUUCAGGGAAAGCCACCCUCGUGCGAGAGCUGCCCUCAUGUGAGACCCCCCCCCCAGCGCCUCCCCCAAACCGCCCUGAGCCAGGGCGGGGCGGGGAGCUUGCAUGAGGAGCCCAGCCCUUGCACGACGGCCCUUGCACGAGGAGGGAGGGGGGGGGGCCGGACGCCGCUACCCAGAGCCGCUGGGACCCACACGCACACCCCUCCCCGCUGCGCCCCAAAAUGUCGCUUUGGGGGGGGCCCUGUAUUGCCUCCCCCCCGCCGCUACUCCCCUCGCACACGCGUGUGCGCAGGCCGCGUGCGAGAGAGGGGGGGGUGGGGGCUCGCGCAUGGUCAUACGCACACGCAACCCUCCCCGCCCGCCCCCCCGCCAUGCUGCCACCCCCCAAUAAACCUGCUCUGAACCCCC